AUGCCAAUCUCUGAAGUCGAGACGCACAGGGCGGCCAACAGGUCACACCGGGCAGCGAGACAGCAGCCGGCCGCUCGGACGCCGGCGGGGAAGCGAGUCCCGUUGCGACUGUUGCUGCAAGUGACGUCGAUUGCCGGCGGGAUACAAUUCGGAUGGGCGCUGCAGCUCUCUCUCCUGACUCCAUACGUCCAGGAGCUGGGAAUUCCGCAUGCCUGGUCCAGUGUGAUAUGGCUGUGCGGGCCACUGUCGGGCCUGAUAGUCCAGCCACUGGUGGGCCACUUGAGCGAUCGAUGCACCAGUCGAUUCGGCCGGAGGAGGCCCUUCAUCGUCGCCGGCUCACUGCUCAUCUCCUUCUCCGUCCUCAUCAUCGGUCACUCCGCCGAUAUCGGCUGGCUGCUCGGGGAUAGAGGCGAUUUCCGCCCCAGAGCGAUCGGAGCCUUCGUUUUCGGGUUUUGGAUUCUUGAUGUUGCCAAUAACAUGACCCAGGGCCCUUGCAGAGCUCUCCUCGCCGACAUGACUGGGAAAGAUCACCGCAGGACUCGAGUGGCGAAUGCUUAUUUCUCACUUUUCAUGGCUGUUGGCAAUAUCCUUGGCUUUGCUACUGGGUCAUUCAGUGGUUGGUACAAAAUUUUCCCCUUCACGGUUACAGCUGCAUGUGACGUGGACUGUGCCAAUCUUAAGUUUGCUUUCUAUCUUGAUAUUGUCUGUAUUAUGACCACCGCCUAUAUAAGCAUUUCAUCUGCUAAAGAACCCUCAAUUGGGUUGUUGUCUCAAGGAUCGAUACCUGCUACUGAAGAGGCAGUGGAAGUGUCUGGCCAUGCAGAAGAGGCUUUCCUCUGGGAACUGUUUGGGACUUUCAGAUACUUCCCAGCAUCUGUUUGGACUAUAUUGCUAGUUACCGCCCUGAAUUGGAUUGGUUGGUUUCCAUUUCUUCUCUUUGAUACUGACUGGAUGGGGCGAGAAAUCUUUGGAGGUGACCCAGAUUCAGGACCAAGUUAUAGUGCUGGAGUCAGAAUGGGAGCAUUUGCUCUCAUGUUGAAUUCGGUUCUAUUAGGAAUAACGUCGGUACUGAUGGAGAAGAUCUGCAGGAAAUGGGGAGCUGGCUUCAUAUGGGGACUCUCAAACAUCUUUAUGGCUCUAUGUUUCCUUGCAAUGCUUAUAAUUGCCUAUGUAGCCUACCAUAUCGGCUAUUAUGGUGAAGGUGAUGCUCAACCGCCAGUUGGCAUUCUUAUUGCCGCACUGAUUGUUUUUGCACUUCUUGGAAUUCCAUUGGCAAUCACAUAUAGUGUUCCAUAUGCGCUAGUGUCGUCACGCAUUGAGCCUUUGGGGCUUGGCCAAGGGUUGUCGAUGGGUGUCUUGAAUUUGGCAAUCGUCAUUCCACAGGUUCUGGUCUCACUGGGAUCUGGUCCAUGGGACCAACUGUUUGGUGGUGGAAACUCACCAGCCAUAGCUGUGGGAGCUUUGGCAGCACUUAUCGGUGGAUUGAUUGCUAUCUUGGGGAUUCCUCGUUUCACUACUCAGAAGCCAAGGGUUCUUCCAUGA